AUGUUGAGAGUUCCAUCUCGCCAAAAGGCCACGGGCCCCCAGGCUGUUACCAAGGCCGUCAUUUUGGUCGGAGGUCCUUCUCGAGGCACACGGUUCCGGCCAUUGAGUCUCGAUGUCCCAAAGCCUCUCUUCGAUGUUGCCGGCCACCCCAUCAUCUGGCACUGCCUGAAGGCGGUCUCCAAAGUACCAGACAUCAAGGAGGUUAUCCUCAUUGGCUACUACGAAGAAAAUGUCUUCCGUGACUUCAUCAAAGACUCCUCGCGAGAGUUCCCUCAGUUCAAGAUCCAGUACCUGCGCGAGUACCAGGCCCUCGGCACUGCUGGCGGUCUCUAUCACUUCCGUGAUGCCAUCCUGAAGGGCAGACCCGACAGAUUCUUCGUGCUGAACUCGGAUGUCUGCUGCUCCUUCCCCCUCGAGGCCAUGUUGAAGCUGUUCGAGGAGAAAGACGCCGAGGCGGUCAUUCUUGGCACUCGCAUCAGCAACGAUGCCGCUACCAACUUUGGUUGCAUUGUGUCCGAUUCCCACACGAAACGCGUCCUUCACUACGUCGAAAAGCCAGAGAGCCACAUCUCCAACUUGAUCAACUGUGGUGUCUAUCUCUUCGCCACCGAUGCCAUCUUCCCUUCCAUCAAGAGUGCCAUCAAGCGGAAGACCGAGCGCCCCCGAAUGAUCUCCUACCCUUCAUCAGAGAACCUCGAUUCGUCUUUCAUGGCCGACCCCGAGGAAGAUGGAGAAAGGAACGAGGUCAUGCGCCUCGAGCAGGACAUCCUACCUGAUCUGGCUGACAGCAACCGCUUUUUCGUCCAUGAAACCAAGGACUUCUGGCGUCAGAUCAAGACAGCUGGUUCCGCAGUUCCGGCCAACGCCUUGUACCUGCAGAAAGCUUUCCAGUCGCAGUCAGAAGAGAUUACUCCUCCGUCUGCGAGCAUCGUCCCCCCUGUCUUCAUUCACCCUACGGCCCAAGUCGACCCCACAGCCAAGUUAGGGCCAAAUGUCUCGAUUGGUCCCAAGGCCAUCAUUGGGGCAGGCGCACGUGUCAAAGACGCCAUUGUUCUCGAUGAGGCCGAGAUUAAGCACGAUGCCUGCGUUCUCUAUGCAAUCAUCGGCUGGAAUAGCCGUGUGGGAGCCUGGGCCAGGGUGGAAGGCACUCCCACGCCUGUCAGCAACCACAAUACCACCAUCAUCAAGAACGGCGUUAAGGUCCAAAGUAUUACUAUUCUCGGCAAGGAAUGUGGUGUGGGUGAUGAGGUCCGGGUUCAAAACUGCAUCUGCCUGCCGUACAAGGAGUUGAAGCGCGAUGUUGCCAACGAGGUCAUCAUGUAG